UUCCUGUUGCAAGCUAGCAUUCUGUAAUUUUCAUAACCACUUGUACAGAUCUGCAUAUUUCUUCUCCGUGACUAAUAAACAGUUUUGGUUUGACUGCAGUUAUCAUGCUAUUAGCUUUAAAAUAUAAACCACUUCAGCAUCCAACCACAAUGGUAAAGGCAGUUUGAUGCAUGUUGGCCCACUCACUGCGAUGGCGCUAUAUUCUCAGUUUUAAAACCUCAAACCAGCACAUUGCUAACUAUCAGAUACAGAUACGCAGAGCAACUUGAAUAGGGUACUUGUUAGUGUGGCUGUCGACAGUCUCAGUUCUCAGAAAUUUGUUUUUCAUCUUACAGAGGAACUAGGUGCUAAAAUGUUUGGCCAAUAGCACAGUUUUCGCUUAUCAGCAAACAACCCAGCAGCACAAGUUCAUUUUUGAAGUACUGCAAACAGCACUGUGAGGCUUACUUUGUAAGAACUCUGCUUCCUGUUCAGUUAUAAUGGAAUACACGGAUUCAUAUAAUUAUGGUGAUAUUUUAGAAGUCCUAAGCAAUCAAACAAAAGAAGAGCCUUCUCAUGUGGAAUUACAUCCUCAGCACUGCAGGGAAGCAGCGUGUGUAAUCACAGUCAUCUUUAAUGUGAUCAUAUUCCUUCUUGGCCUCACUGGAAAUGGUGCGGUGAUCUGGAUUACUGGAUUUAAGAUGAAGAAGUCAGUGAACACCACCUGGUAUCUGAGUCUGGCAUUGUCUGACUUCAUUUUCUGCACUACUCUCCCUUUCACCAUGGACCACAUAGUUAAGAACAGCUGGAACUUUGGGCUCUUCAUGUGCAAGUUCACUGCUUUUGUUAUGACCCUCAAUAUGUACAGCAGCAUUUUCAUCCUGGUCAUCAUUAGUGUGGAUCGCUGCAUCACCGUCAAGUUUCCCGUCUGGGCCCAGAAUCAGCGCACUGUACAGAAGGCGUCUUUAGUUGUUGUGUUAGCUUGGCUUGUGUCUUCUUUGCUUAGUAUUCCAUCAGCCAAAUUCAGAGAGACUAAAAAUGCAACAACAGUCAUAUGCUAUAACAACUUUGAAGGUCACCACAAAACUGUCGUGUUCACCCGCUUUACUUUUGGGUUUUUGAUUCCAUUCCUGACCAUUUUCACCUGUUACUCCAUCUUGAUCCGCAAACUUAGAGCAAACCAAAUGUCCAAAUCCACCAAGCCCUACAAGAUCAUGACAUUACUGAUCGCAACUUUUUUCAUCUGUUGGUUGCCAUUUCAAAUAGUUUCUGUUUUAGAGUUGCACAAACACGAGCACGACCCUGUCUUUCACACAGCCCAAAAAGUAUCUGCUUCUCUUGCCUGCGCAAACAGCUUUCUAAAUCCGUUCCUUUAUGCUUUCAUGGCCAAGGACUUAAAGAAGAAAUGCUAUUCCUUUCUUUCAAAGAUUGAGAGUGCCAUUGAUGAGGAGACCAGAAGUGCUUUCAGGGCAACUUCAAUUACCAAUUCUGUGGAUAUCAGACUUUCCACUACUGUUUGAAAUUUUAACACGAGUCACAGACUAAAGAUAUUUCUCUUCCAAGUGUGAUUGUAGAAUUCUGUAUUAUAGAAAUGACAAAGCAUUAACAAGGAGUGCAAUCGUUUUGUCUGUUUUAUGUUUGAGUUCUGAAAUUUACAAUUAUAUUUUACUAGUUAAAAACAAAACAAGAAGGAAAGAAAAAAGACAGCUGAAAAGUCAUUAAUAAAUUAAUGUAAAUAGAGGUUCAACAAAAGCUACUUUACAAGACAAUAUAUAUUAAAAUGCCUUUUUUAAGAUUUUGCAGAAUUCUAUGACAGCUAUUUAAUGUUUUCUGUUUGAAUCUUACUGAUUAACACAUAUAGUAUUACCAUUAUGUUACUAACACAUAAACAUAAAAAUAUAUGGGGGGAGGGUUGAAUGUAUUUUAUGUAUUAAACAUCAUUUUAGCAAGAUCUAUUUGUUUUCAUGCAUGUAGAAAUAUAUAAUAAAAAUCUUGUUCUAACCAUUC